CUUGUCGAUGUAUCUCCACCUCUAAAAGCCAACUCAGCUGAAAGUGAACGAAAUUUUUAUACACAAAAAAUAAAGCUGCAGCGCUAUAAGAUAAAUUCACCUGUUAAUUCGAGUCCUAAAACAAUGCAAAAUGCGGCUGGGCAACGGGAAAGCGAAAAUGCAGCCUCUGCUGAGUGACUUGCUGCUCUUGAGCGCCCUGGCCAUCUGCUGUCUUCCCUCUUUGACGUGGGCUUCGAGUGGAGUACUCUCAGACAAGCGACUGUGUGCUGACCCAAAAUGUGAACAAAUUAUCUCAACGGGCAUUGCAAAAAUCAGCUAUUUGUCCGGCGGUGAAGGGUUGAUCCCGUUUAAAAUCAACGCCCCCAUUCGUGUUCUGUCCAAGAGCGCCGGAUCCAACAUGAAGCUAUGGGGAGUCGAAAUUGGUGGACGUCGCGGAUAUGCGAAUAAGGAUUUCAUUAUGGAGAAGAAGGUGAUAGUGCCGGACAAGAAUUUAUUGUACGAACUGCCAGUUGUGGGUCCUGGAAGUCCUACGCCCGAAGCGGUGCCGAGUAUAGCAGCGGAACCGGUAGUGGUUCCUGGAAGUCCUGUGCCGGAGGAGAAGCCGAGUAUAGUAGCGGAUCCUUUGCAGCCCGUUCUUAACGCCUCCGAGCUAGUGGAUGAAUUGCUUACGACUACCACAUCACCGCUGGAUGUUAAAGUGGAAUCCAUUGUGGUGGAUCAAGGAUCUUCCGUUAAUCAGCAGGCACCCAGUCCAACGGCAACUACCCAGGCCCAAGUACAACUUGUGGAUGGCACCGAGCUGCCGUUGGAAGUCACACCGGCAGUAACCGAGAGCAUCCCUACUCCCGUUGAUGCAUCGAAAUUAGAAGCGGCCUCAGCAGCUGUUGAAACGAAAGAGCCGCAAGAAGCCGCAGCCGUGGUGGUUGAUACCAAAGAAACUCCUGAGGCUACUGAAGCCCCAAAAUUUGAAGCUCCAGCGGACAAAGAAGAGGUUAAAGUGCCUGCAACCGGAACUGAGGAGUCAUCACAACUGCCUGCAGCUAUCAACGCUGAACUUGAAGACGACGAUUUCGAUUACGAGGAGGACGAAGAAGACGAAAACGAAGAAGCGAACGAUGAUGAUAUAAACGCAGAUAGCAAUGAUAACGAAUCGUUAAACGAGAAACUGAUCGAUAAAAAAGCAAUUAAUGUUAGUGAACCGAUCGACCCGAAACUGAACGCUACGGAGCAGACUGAUAACCUGGAGAAUGCAAAGCAGAAAUUGCAGGAGGAGCAGGUGGAAGAGAAGCCCAUCGAGAAAAACGUAAAACCUGAGCUGCCUACUAUUUUUGAUAAGAAAGACGAGACCGGUUCUCCAAAUGUGGUACCAGCGGAAAUCGUAAAUUCCACUGAGGUGCCAGAAAUUGUUUCAGAAGUGCACUCUACCGAAACUGUAAGCAGUGAAGUACCAAAACACACUGGAGCCACUGAGACAGAUUCUGAACAGCCUGAGAAAAACGAAAAAGAAGAAAUAGUUCCUCUCUCAGCAGAGGUUCGAACCGAACCAGAAACUGAAAAGCUAGACUUGACUGUUGACCCCAAUAUUGUUCAACCUGUGGUGAAAAAGGAAGAUAAACCGGAAACAUUGGCUACCUCUACAGAAGUUCCUACUGGAGAAGCUCCGUUGGGCACUUUGCCUCCUCUUUUCGAAAAAAGUAACUUUGAUAACCCGAAUGACUAUUAUAAGAAAUUGCAAGAGCAGCAACAGCAAGAGAAGCAGUUGCGUGAUGAACAGCAAAAUCAGCAAGAGGCACAGCUACUGGAACAUCAACAGCAACAGCAAGAUAAGCAGCAACAUGAUCAUCAACACCAGCAGCAAGAGCAUCAGCAGCAGCAGCAGCAACAUGAACAUCAUCAACACGAAGAAAAGCAACCGCCGUUCAAUCCUGCUGACAAUGAGAUCGAGAAUGGAAAGUCCGCAGAAGUACUCGACACCAAGCAACAACCGGAACAGACAACUCAGCAUCAUCACGCCUCUCACUAUCCAUCAAGUGAAGAACAAACCACUCCUACAACAUUUACAGAUUCGGCUUAUGAAGCAGUCUACGAAGAUGCCACACCAUUACCAGACAUUCCUUCAGAACGUCCGGGUGUCGGAACCGUCGAGCCCGUAGCUUUGCCUGCAACCUCAAGUCCUACUCCGGAGGUGCCAAUAAAGGAGGACGGCUUAAACCUCGGCCUCUUUGCCACCAUUGUCGAUACUGUUAAUAAUUUCAUUGGAAAAGAGCCACAGGCUCCUCUGGAUAGUAGUGACGAGCUGCAUAGGAUUCUUUAUCCCGGUCAGGGUGGUGGGGGAUCCCUAAAAAAAUCUUCACAAGGCUCCAUUCCAAAUAAUGAGGAGGGGUACUGUGCCCGUUUUCAACCGCAGGAUUGUCAUCGAUCCAUAUCCAUAGAUAAUUUCAUAGAGGUCGUGGCUGGUAAUCUGGUGGACCACACUCUACUUUUACUGUGUGUGGUCAUUGCGGCGGCCUCCUCGCUCUUCUUCAUCUUUGUCUACUACUGUUUUUGCAACAGCAGCCAGGAGGGAGAGCUGCUAUCGAAGCUGAACCAUCUGGAGCGCAGCUUGCUUGCUUCCCACAAGGAGAACUCCAUCAUCAAGCACGACCUAAUGACGACGCGCACCAAACUGGCCAGCAUCGAGGAUAACUCCUUUGGCUCCAAUGACAUGGUGAAUGAUUUAAAGAAGCAGCUAGAGACAGAGCUGUACGAGAAGGCAAAGUUGCAGGAGCAGGUCGUCUCACUAGAGAGGGAUCUUGAUAAUGCUGCCGAAGCCGGUCUUGAACUGAAUAAAAUGUUAUCAGAGGUCUUGGCCAGUCAGAAUGGUGAUGAGGCCUUCAUGAGUACCGUCGAUGAGCUGCAGAGGCAGUUGAACGACCAAGAGAAGAUUAUAAUUGAAAUCAACUCAAGCUUGGCGGAGAAGAGCCGAGAAAAUAGCGAACUUCAAUAUUCCUUUACGGAAGCCAAAGCGCGCCUAACCAGCGAACUAAAAUCCUUACAGGAAGAUAAUUACGAACUGGAGAUGGAAAAGUCAAAGUUGCAGACGCGAUUAGAGGAAAUCCAAUCGGAGAUGGAACUAGAACUAGCCAAGGCUCUUGAGUCCCGCAACUUUGAAAUGCAGCGCCUACAGAACCAGAUUCUGGAGCUGACUUCCAAAUGGGAGCGAGAGCAUGGUGAACUGCAGACCAGUCAUGCCAAGAUCGAGGCACUUGAAGACUGUCUCAAGGCUCUAAAGAAAGACGGAAACUUAAAUAUCCAAGAUCUGAUCACGUCGGCCAAGACACGUGGUGAGCUUAAUGCAUCCCACAAAAAGUUCAUAGAUCUGCAGUCGAAGCUGGAGCAAGAGGUCUCCAUCAAGCAGCGUGUGGAGAGCCAGCUGCAACAAUCCUCCACAGAAAUAGAGCAGCUCAAACAGGACUUUAACCAAUCGGAGCGUGACAAGCUGGAGGCCCAGACACGUCUUGAGGUUCUUUCCGGCUACUUUAGGGAAAAGGAGAAUGAGCUUAAGAAGGAACUUAGCCUACAGGAGACCAAGUGGUUGCAACAUCAAGGUGAAAACGCGAGCACGGUGGAAACGCAGACCUUGAUGAAGAACGAAAUUCAAACACUCAAAUCUCAGAAUGAUGAGCUGCGUGCUGAGAUCGAGGCUCAGAUAGCUUCGCACAAAGCACAGAUGGGAACGCUCGAAAACCGAGCACAUGAGUCAUGGCUGGCGGCUCGUCAGUCGGAACGCCGGUGUGAAGAAGCGCUGGCUGAAGCCGCCGGGCUGCGGCGAAAACUGACCACCAUGGCCAGCGGAGGCGGCGCAGCGGAUAUAGCCUCUGUGGAUGCCAACGGGGCGUCGAUGCUAGGGGCAGAACUGAAAACGGCUCCAUCGCCGCUGCCACUGCCGGGAUCACCGCUGCUAAACAUGCCAAAUCCACUGCCAUUCCUGGCGGCGCCAUUCUCUCCAUUCAUGGGCUUGCCGCCGCCAUUCCUGCCCCCCACAGCGGCAGGAGGAGCACGCCCUCCGCCCCUAGGGCGCAUGAGGUCACCUCCACCUCGAGAUCGGGAUCGCGAUCGGUAUUCUGACUACAGCGAUUAUGAUGACUACGACGACGAUGAAGAGGACGACCGGGGAAUGGAUCGUCGUCGCCGGCACAGCGGCAGCUGGGGGCGUGGUCGUCGCGACUCCUAUACGCACUCGCCCCGUACAUAUCGUUCGCUAUCCCCGUCAGAUAGUCGCUACAACUACAACGACACGGAGACGGACUUUAGCCCGCCACCAAGUCCACCGCCAGUCUCUUCUGGUCGCACCGCCGGAUCGCGGCCAUACAGCGAGGUGUGAGAGAAGUGUUCUUCCACACAACCAAGUCCUACCAAGUAUAUUAGACUCAAAACUAGUUCAAAUAUAUUUAUUAAUCAAUCAAUUAUCGAACGGACGGCGGGCGCCUUCUCAAAGCGAUCCCAUCCCAUUAACAGGGACUUCAGGAAACCCCAUCAACAUCCCCCAACUAAGAAAUCUUGUCUGACUCCUCACUGGUGAAUGAUGUCCACGAAAAUAACAGAAAUUAAACCUUGUGGAAAAAAUCAA